AUGAUCUUUCUUGAAGAGAGUAGUGCUGAUGAUUUGGUGAUGAAUACUAAGCACGUGAAUGAAGCGGUUAAAGAUGGAGCUGCCAUGUUCAUAUUAUUUUCAUCAAUGGAAGUGAAAGGGAAAGCGGUGAGUAGUGAAUUACCAGUAGUACGAGAUUUUCUAGAGGUUUUUUCAAAAGAUCUUAGGGAGUUGCCACAUGAGAGGGAAAUGGAAUUUACUAUUGAAUUAAUUCUUGGGACGAGUCCUGUGUCAAUGACACCUUAUCGCAUGUCGACAUCUGAGUUGGAUGAAUUGAAGAGUCAAUUGGAAGAGCUGCUGAAGAAGGAAUUUAUUCGUCCUAGCGUUUCGCCAUGGGAUGCGCCAGUGUUGUUGGUAAAGAAGAAAGAGGGUUCGAUGAGCCUGUGCAUAGAUUAUAGACAACCGAACAAGGGGAGGAAUAUUCUUGAAACAGAUCAUCCAGAAGGUCCUUUUGGCACUAAGGCAGAAGCACACGGAGUUGAUGAAGGUCCCAAUGACGAGGCUAGAACGUUUUACAGUUUGAUUAAAGAGGCGGAACAAGAACUGUACCCUGGAUGCAAAGACUUCUCUUCGUUAUCAUUCACGAUUCGACUCUACUUGUUGAAAUGUCUCCACGGCUGGAGCAAUACGUCAUUCACUGCCCUAUUAGAAUUAUUGAAAGAAGCAAUGCCUGAUUUGAACAUUUCGGAAUCAUUUUACAAGACAAAAGCCAUGAUAAGUGGUUUAGGCCUUGAUUAUAAGAAGAUAGAUGCAUGCCCAAACGAUUGCAUGCUAUUUUGGAAGGAGCAUGAAAAGGAAAAUUCCUGCACUAUUUGUGAAGCUUCACGGUGGAAACAAAAUGCUGCAACUGAAGGAUGCGAGUCUGAGCAACCAAAAAAUGACUGUAGAGUUCCUGCAAAAGUUUUGAGGCACUUUCCGUUGAUUCCUAAACUACAAAGGUUGUUCAUGUGUUCAAAGAUAGCUGAGUCAAUGAGAUGGCAUGAAGAAGAGCGCUUAAAGGAUGGAAAAUUGAGGCAUCCUGCUGAUGGUAAAGCGUGGAAGGACUUUGAUGAGCUCCAUCCAGAUUUUUCUAGUGAGUCCCGCAAUGUAAGACUUGGCUUAACGAGUGAUGGGUUUAAUCCAUUUAGGACCAUGAGCUUAUCUCAUAGUACAUGGCCUGUCUUGAUAAUGGUAUACAACACACCACCUUGGCUGUCCAUGAAACCUGAAUAUACAAUGUUGUCAUUGUUGAUUCCUGGACCAAAAUCUCCAGGAAACGAUAUCGAUGUUUACCUCCAACCACUGAUAGAGGAGCUAAAGGAGUUAUGGGAAUCCGGAAUAGAGACAUAUGAUUCUUCAAUGAAUCAAACUUUUCAAAUGCGUGCAGCUCUUCUGUGGACAAUUAGUGACUACCCUGCUUAUGCUAUGUUGUCGGGAUGGAGCACAAAAGGAAAAUUGGCGUGUGCUUGUUGUAAAUCUAACACCAAUUCGUUAUACCUCAAACACAGUCAUAAGAUGUGUUAUAUGGACCACCGUACCUUUUUACCAAGAACUCAUUCUUGGAGAGACGAUGUCAAAUCAUUUAACGGAGAAGAAGAACAUAGGACUGCACCAUCCAUGUUAAACGGGGCAGAAAUUCUUGAACUCUUAAAAGAUUUCAAUAAUGAAUUUGGGAAGAAAAAGAAGAAAAGAAAGACUUCAUCCAAGGGAGAUUGGUUCCUUUUUCCGCUCUCUAUGUUAGAAAGUUAUACAAGUGGAAGAUUUAGAUUACCUAGAAAUGAGAUUGCAGAGAUACUUUGUCAGUUGGAGAUGAUAUUUCCUCCAAGUUUCUUUGACAUAAUGGUUCACUUGCCUAUUCACCUGCUAAAUGAAGUUAGAUUGGGUGGUCCUGUUCAAUUUCGAUGGAUGUAUCCCACCGAAAGAUACUUGUGUAAACUUAAGAACUAUGUCCGCAAUAGAGCUUAUCCUGAAGGUUCUAUUGCCAAGGGGUAUCUGGCUGAAGAAGCUAUAACAUUUUGCUCAAGGUAUUUGCAUAGCAAUGUAGAUACAAGGUUUAAUAGGAAGAGUCGGAAUUAUGAUGUUACCGAUUCACUUGAAACAGAUCCGGAUCAUUACUUUACAACUGCCGGUCGUCCUUUAGGGGGGGUAGGCAAACCCUUUCAUCUUGAUGUGAAAUCAAAGGAUGAUGCCCAUCGAUACAUCUUAUUCAAUUGCAAUGAAGUUCAAAUUUACAUCAGUGAGCAUGAUCAAAGUGUUAAUUCAAACACUAACAAAAGGAAGUGGACCAAGGCCAAAAGUCAAAGUAAAGAAUUUAGUGAAUGGUUUAAAACUCGUGCCCAGAAUGAUGAUGUGCCAUUACAACUUGAAAAACUUUCUAGAGGUCCUAAUUUUGUUGCAAAGAGGUAUCUAGGUUAUGUCAUUAAUGGAUAUAGGUUCCAUACUAGGAAACGAGAUACAAAUCGCAAAACUCAAAAUUCUGGCGUAACUUUAGUUUCACUAACUUCAAGUUUCGCUAGCUCCAAGGAUGGAAAUCCUAGGACAGAACCCAUCACAUAUUAUGGAACCAUUGUUGAUAUAAUUGAGUUAUACUACUAUGGAAAUUUCAACUUUGUAUUGUUUAAGUGCGAUUGGUUUGAGGUUGAAAAAGACAAAUACGGACUUACUUGUGUGCGUUUCAAUAAGAAAAUUUAUCAGAAUGAUCCAUUUGUGCUACCUUCUCAAGUUCAUCAAUGUUACUAUGUCCAAGACCCUUUUGAUCCAAACCGGCAUUAUGCUCUGCAAACAGUUCCACGAGAUUUCUUUAACAUUGCUGACCUGUCAAACUUACAAGCUAAAAGUGGAGAAAAUAGUGAUGGUGAUGGUGAAUUAAAUUGGGUUAGGGAAGACAUACCUGCAACAAUAGCUGAAACACCUUAUGAAAUGAAUGAAGCUGAAAGUGAUGGAGAUGAUUUUGAUUAUGAUGAUACCCUAUUUGAUUUCAUGGACUAA